AUUUUAUUAGGGUUUGAGGAUCUCCAAGGCCACGCACUUUAUAUCUCCACUGGUCAGCUUCUUCCCACACUCUUUUCGCAGCAGCCUCAGCCUCCGAUUUCAAGUAAUUUGUCAUAUUUGUGAAGACUACCAGAAUCAGUCAAAAUGGUGAAGUUCACAGCAGAUGAGCUUCGUGCCAUUAUGGACCUCAAGCAUAACAUCCGUAAUAUGUCUGUUAUUGCCCAUGUUGAUCAUGGAAAGUCCACACUAACAGAUUCUCUUGUUGCUGCUGCUGGAAUUAUUGCCCAAGAGGUUGCUGGGGAUGUUAGAAUGACAGACACUAGAGCUGAUGAAGCUGAACGUGGUAUCACCAUCAAGUCGACCGGCAUCUCAUUGUACUAUCAAAUGAGUGAUGAGUCCUUGAAGAGUUAUAAGGGAGAGCGCCACAAGAACGAUUACCUCAUCAAUCUUAUUGAUUCGCCUGGGCACGUUGAUUUCUCUUCUGAAGUGACUGCUGCACUCCGUAUCACUGAUGGUGCUCUUGUGGUGGUGGACUGUGUUGAAGGUGUGUGCGUCCAGACCGAGACUGUCCUUCGCCAGGCACUUGGUGAGAGAAUUAGGCCCGUCUUGACUGUUAACAAGAUGGACAGAUGUUUCCUUGAACUCCAAGUGGACGGAGAGGAAGCAUACCAGACAUUCCAGAGGGUUAUUGAAAAUGCCAAUGUAAUCAUGGCCACAUAUGAGGAUCCGUUACUUGGUGAUGUUCAGGUUUACCCAGAGAAAGGGACUGUUGCCUUUUCUGCUGGUCUGCACGGCUGGGCUUUUACUUUGACAAACUUUGCUAAGAUGUACGCAGCCAAGUUUGGUGUUGAUGAGUCCAAGAUGAUGGAAAGGCUCUGGGGAGAGAAUUUCUUUGACCCAGCCACGAAGAAGUGGACCACCAAGCCUACUGGAUCUGCCACCUGCAAACGUGGUUUUGUUCAGUUCUGCUAUGAACCCAUCAAGCAGAUCAUCAAUACGUGCAUGAAUGACCAGAAAGACAAGUUGUGGCCUAUGUUGCAGAAGCUUGGCAUAACGAUGAAGUCUGACGAGAAGGAUUUGAUGGGGAAAGCUUUGAUGAAGCGUGUUAUGCAAACAUGGCUUCCUGCCAGCUCUGCUCUGUUGGAGAUGAUGAUAUUCCAUCUUCCCUCACCCGCCACAGCUCAAAAGUAUCGUGUCGAGAACCUGUACGAGGGACCUCUUGAUGAUCAGUAUGCAACUGCUAUCAGGAACUGUGAUCCUGAUGGUCCUCUCAUGCUCUACGUAUCUAAGAUGAUUCCAGCCUCUGACAAAGGCAGGUUUUUUGCUUUUGGCCGUGUGUUUGCUGGGAAAGUCUCAACUGGUUUGAAGGUCAGAAUCAUGGGCCCGAACUACAUUCCUGGUGAGAAAAAGGACUUGUACACCAAGAGUGUUCAGAGAACUGUUAUCUGGAUGGGUAAGAAGCAGGAAACAGUGGAAGAUGUGCCUUGUGGUAACACAGUGGCUUUGGUUGGUCUUGAUCAGUUCAUCACCAAGAAUGCUACCUUGACAAACGAGAAAGAAGUUGAUGCUCAUCCAAUCAAAGCCAUGAAGUUCUCUGUCUCACCUGUGGUUCGUGUUGCUGUGCAGUGCAAGGUUGCGUCUGACCUACCAAAGCUUGUUGAAGGUCUGAAGCGUUUGGCCAAAUCUGACCCUAUGGUUGUCUGUACCAUGGAGGAAUCCGGUGAGCAUAUUGUUGCUGGGGCUGGAGAGUUGCAUCUUGAGAUCUGUUUGAAGGACUUGCAGGAUGAUUUCAUGGGCGGUGCUGAGAUUAUAAAAUCUGAUCCCGUUGUUUCCUUCCGUGAGACGGUCCUGGAGAGGUCGUGCCGUACAGUUAUGAGCAAAUCACCUAACAAGCACAACAGGCUGUACAUGGAAGCAAGACCAAUGGAAGAGGGUUUGGCUGAGGCCAUCGAUGAUGGGCGCAUUGGCCCAAGGGAUGAUCCCAAGAUUCGGUCAAAGAUCCUGGCAGAAGAAUUUGGGUGGGACAAGGAGCUUGCUAAGAAAAUUUGGUGCUUCGGUCCUGAAACAACUGGACCCAACAUGGUCGUGGAUAUGUGUAAGGGAGUGCAGUACCUGAAUGAAAUCAAGGACUCUGUUGUUGCUGGUUUCCAAUGGGCGUCUAAGGAAGGUGCACUGGCUGAAGAAAACAUGCGUGGCAUUUGCUACGAGGUUUGUGAUGUGGUUCUUCAUGCUGAUGCUAUUCACAGAGGUGGUGGGCAGGUUAUUCCCACUGCAAGGAGGGUCAUCUAUGCCUCCCAGCUUACAGCCAAGCCUCGUCUUUUGGAGCCCGUCUACCUUGUUGAGAUCCAGGCACCUGAGCAAGCUCUUGGUGGAAUCUACAGUGUGCUGAAUCAGAAGCGUGGCCAUGUGUUUGAGGAAAUGCAGAGGCCAGGCACUCCUCUCUACAACAUCAAGGCGUACCUUCCGGUCAUUGAGUCCUUUGGUUUCUCAAGUACUCUGAGAGCUGCAACCUCUGGGCAGGCGUUCCCACAGUGCGUGUUUGAUCACUGGGAGAUGAUGGCUUCGGAUCCUCUUGAACCAGGUACCCAGGCGUCUACCCUCGUCACCGAUAUUCGCAAGAGGAAGGGUUUGAAGGAGAACAUGACUCCUCUGUCCGAGUUCGAGGACCGGCUAUGAGCGGCGACUGUUAUCAAGUUUGUAUUAAUCGUCUUUUGUUGGACCUUAAUUGUGGCUACUCGGUUUUGAUUAUUCUCUCUAUUUUUCCUGUCUAUUAGGGUACAUUGUAUCACUUUCAACAUACUUAUUUAUCAUUACGGCUUUACAAUACUGUAAAGUCUGUGAUAAUAUAAUUUUGAGUUGCCCAUUUUAAUUAAAAA